UCCUUGCUCUCUUUUUCCCAACAUCUGGAAAAUUUUCCUUGCAACAUUUUUAAAUGGAGACAGAUGAUGGGUAUAAGAGGAAGGCGGAGAUCGCCUUGGUAGUCAUCGUGGUGCUCGCUUCCCUAGCCGUGGUUGCUUUGCUUGUGGCACUCAGCUACUAUUGCUACAUUCGCAACAAAGUCGCCCAGCGCCGCAAGAACCAGAAAAAUGUUGACCAUAGCGAGAAAAGUGAAUUUGCAAAUCUGCAAGUUGUUGCUGAAAAAGGACUUCAGGUGUUCACUUUUAAGCAGUUGCAUUCUGCAACUGGGGGCUUCAGCAAGUCAAAUGUGAUUGGUCAUGGUGGAUUUGGAUUUGUUUACCGGGGAGUACUCAAUGAUGGCCGCAAAGUUGCAAUUAAGUUCAUGGAUCAAGCAGGAAAGCAGGGAGAAGAAGAAUUUAAAGUAGAGGUUGAAUUGCUAAGUCAGCUGCGUUCUCCAUAUUUGCUGGCAUUGCUCGGGUACUGCUCUGAUAAUAAUCAUAAACUGCUGGUGUAUGAGUUCAUGGCCAAUGGUGGUCUGCAGGAACAUCUUUAUCCUGUCAGCAACUCUAAUAUUAUGCCUAUGAAGUUGGAUUGGGAAACCCGUUUACGAAUAGCACUUGAAGCUGCAAAGGGUUUGGAAUAUCUUCAUGAACAUGUCAGUCCCCCCGUGAUUCACAGGGAUUUUAAGAGCAGCAACAUUCUUCUGGACAAAAAGUUUCAUGCAAAAGUUUCUGAUUUUGGAUUGGCAAAGCUUGGAUCUGAUAAAGCUGGUGGACAUGUCUCCACUCGAGUCUUGGGAACGCAGGGAUAUGUUGCUCCUGAAUAUGCGCUAACAGGGCAUCUAACCACAAAAUCAGAUGUAUACAGUUAUGGCGUUGUUCUUUUGGAGCUGCUCACUGGCCGAGUACCAGUUGACAUGAAGAGACCACCAGGAGAAGGCGUUCUUGUUUCUUGGGCUUUGCCCCUUCUAACUGAUAGAGAAAAGGUGGUAAAGAUUAUGGAUCCUGCAUUGGAGGGUCAGUACUCCAUGAAAGAGGUUGUCCAAGUAGCUGCCAUUGCUGCGAUGUGUGUGCAACCAGAGGCCGAUUACAGGCCCCUCAUGGCAGACGUUGUCCAGUCACUAGUUCCACUGGUGAAGACUCACAGAUCAACCUCAAAGGUCGUGAGCUACUCUAGUUACCAUGCCAAUAAGAUGUCGCCUGCUCAAGAUUCAGUAAGAGCAAAUGCAUAACACUAGUGUAAAUGGAGUUUCAAUAUUUGCUUAUUUAACCUUGGUUUAUGUACUGACCAAAAACAAGUUAGGCUUGUGCAUCUUUCGUAGCCUUGAGCCAUGUCUUUAGCAGAAAAGAUAAUUAGGUUGUAAUGGUGAUAGAUGGUUCAAUGAGAGAUUUGACUUGGUUAAGUAAGUUACUGAUUAAUUUGCACCGAAAA